ACUCCCCGUUCCCACCCGGUGCUGACCCGCUGCCCUCUCGUUACAGGUUCAUGGACAAGAAGCUGUCGUUGAAGCUGAACGGCGGCCGGCACGUGCAGGGCAUCCUGCGGGGCUUCGACCCCUUCAUGAACCUGGUCAUCGACGAGUGCGUGGAGAUGGCGCCGGGCGGGCAGCAGAACAACAUCGGCAUGGUGGUGAUCCGAGGGAACAGCAUCAUCAUGCUGGAAGCUUUGGAACGAGUAUAAACCCCAGGAAAACCCCAAAUCCCGACCCACUGGUUCCGUUCCCUUGACCAAGACGGCUCUCACAAGUGUACAAUUAUUUUGUUUUUGUAAUUAAAUCAAUUUUGUAAUGGUUGACCUAACUCAAGCCUUUCUCGUAUCACUUUUUGGGAGCUGGGUGUUAAUUCUGCUCCCAAUCCCAGGAAAACUCAUGGAAAACUUUAAUUAACUGAUGUGCCUGUUAAUUUUGUGCUAUUUUUGGUGGUUUUCUCCUUAAAAAAUGCUCAGUUUGUUCAAUUCUUUAUUACCUCCUUCAUACCUCAACACAGCGAUGGAUAUUGGUGGUUUUUCCUCUUUCCCACCCAUUCUGGCAGCUCCCAGUUUCCACCUUGAGGAAUAAUUCCUUGGCAGACCCUUUGGAAAAGUUGGGGGCACGGGAAGGGACAGCCAGGGAAUCGAUAUUCCCAGCUGGAGAGCACUUUUGGGGUCAUUAUGGCACUUUUAAUGAAUUCCCUAAUGUCAGAUAGGGAUAAACCAAGGAAUUUGAGGAAAACUCAGGAAUUUGCUUACUUGGGAACAUCUCAGUGCUCCUGCUCCCUCCUGAGUUGGCCAAACGGCUCCCAGGUGGCACUGAGGGAGUUCAAGAUGAGUUACUGGGUAGAAUUUUGUCCUGGAAGGAAGAGGUGUCCAGCCUAGGCCAGUGGUGGAGUCACCAUCCCUGAAAGUGUCCAAACGUAUGGACGCGGCACUUGAGGACGUCGUUAGUGGUCAACGUGGUUGGGUUGAUAGCUGGGCUUGAAGGUCUUGAUGACCUUGAGGGUGUUGAUGAUCUAGAAG